UUCACGUUUUCCAGAAAAAUACUGAAACACAUCAUGCAGCGAUGCGAAAAGGCAAAUAUGGCUGAAAGAAGGAUCUCAUACACAGAGGAGAGGGAAAUUUGUCAAGGUUAUAUUAACAGGAAUCGAAUGAUUCUUAGGGAGAAUGUUGUACCAACGGAUUAUCUAAGCCAUCUAAGUUUGUCACGUAGUGAAAUAGAACCCAUUGAAAGUAAAGUCCAAAUUGCUGGACCAACACAAGGUAUGGAUAUGCUGUUAUCAACUAUCACAAAGCGUUGUCCAAAUGUAUUGUAUGAGUUUAUGAAAGUACUUUACAAACGAAACCCAGAAGUUUGCCGUGAAAUAAUAUCAGAGCUAAAACCAAAGGAAAAAGACGUUAUAAAUGAUCAUUUACCCUUUAUUUUCAACACAACAGAAAAAGAUUCAUUGCCAAACGAAAAAGAAAACUUCCCCAAAUCCAGUGAUGACGAGUAUAAAAACCAAAAAAUAGAAGAUCUCAAAUAUAAAACUUGUCGUGUGUUAUGGGAAAAACUGAAUGAAGAUAAAAAUUGGCUAAAAUUGUGUAAUGUGUUCGACAUUACACUUAAACAAAAAACCAUGUUAGACAAUUCAGAGAAUCCUGGAGAAAAAUUGUUAGAACUGUUGUCAGAUGUAACAGUUUGCGAUUUUAUUACCAAGGUACAGGAAGCUGGGUUAAAAUCACUUAUCAGGAUAUUUGAAGAAUCUGAUGAGUUCAUAAAGUUCUUGUCAAUCACUACUGUAGAUGAACAAAUUACCAGGCAAGCUGUUUUUGAUCAGGCAGAAAUAAAUCUUAAAAAUUUGCAGACUAGUAAUGUAUAUAAUUAUAACAUUAGAAAAGCAUGCAAUGUUCAGAUUGGUUCAAAUCCUAAAAUGUUACAUGAUAAUUCAAACGAAGAUUUGUCAUCGACUUCUCCAAUGGCUCCAUCAAGAUCAUCUUCAUAUGCAUCUGAAUAUCCGUCUGAAGAGGAUAUGCCACAAACUCAAUCUGCUAUUCCACCUGAUUAUUCAAAUGACCAAUUGUUAUCGUCUUCACCAAAGGCUCCAUCAAGAUCAUCUUCAUCUGAAUAUUUAUCUGCAUUGGAUGGAUCACAAAAUGAGGGUUCUUCAAUUUUUGAGAAAAAUCCAAACAAAUUAGUAGAAAAGUUUGAUGCAGUAGAAUACUUGAGAAACGAAAUCUCUCCUGAUCCAAAGUCUUCUAAUAAGGAUAAAUGUGAUAAGGCUGAAGCUUCUGACAGUUCAACAGUCAGUGUCAGCAAUGACUCAUCUGGCAGAUCAAAACCGUCUUCUUCCGAUACAAUGCAAAAUAAAAUUUAUGUUUCUCAAGAUAACUUACCUGCUUCAGAAAAGACAGCUUUAAACAGUCCAACUGAAUCUACCGUUCCACCUGAUAAUACUUGCAAGACUGCUAUGGGAGUGAGUCAGACUCGAGAAGAAAAUUUCCAGAACCAAGAUAUUCCAGCUUUGAAUACAGCAGUGUGUUCAGCACCAUCUAUCCCCAAUCAAGAUAUAAAUAGACUAUCCCUAUCAAAUUUUCGAGCUGAGGAGGAAACAAUACUAAAAGUGGAAGAUUCUGCUCGAAAUUUAAACACUUCCAGCUUAAACCCCCCAUCACAAACAGAUCAUUUACCUGAUGAAGCUGGUAAAUCUAUUAGAGUUAAGAAGGAGUCAAAUGACACUAGUACUCAUGACAGACAUGGGGAUGGGGAUUCAGGACUAACGCUAAAGUCUUUUUAAGAUUCUUCUAAUUAUCUUGAUCUUGCAGUGAGUGGUUCCCAGCAACCAUUGAAUGAAUGAUACAACCAAUGAAAGAGCAUGCAAUAAACAAUUCUACUCAAGACUUAAAUAAUAUAAAUGAUGGUAUGACAAAGUCAGCUAAUGACAGUUUGAAAGGGUCCUCACUAGAUAUGCAGUCACUCAAAGGCACUUCUGAGGACUUAACUAUAUUCUGACAGGAAUAACAUUGGUGGCCACACCAAUCGUACCAAUGGAAACAGAGAGAAUCAGCUCAGUAUCAAAAGGGUCUGCCCUGAACUUCCCAGUUCUGUCAUCCAAGAAUUCAACAAAUGUAACCAUUAACAAUCCUCAAAAUAUUCCUUUUACAGACCUAUUUUCAGACGAUUGUCAGGAUCCAAAGGUAUAAUCAAUUUUCACAAUUCUAGAAUAUUUAUACGCCACGAUUUUAUUGUUGUUUUAUAUUGCAGUCUCCAAUGUUUUGUCAACCACACAUUUUGGAAGUACAAUAGAAGUUACAAUAAUCCAUAUACCAGGUGUAUUUUUGAAAUUGAUGAGUUGUUUAUCUCAUUGAAACUCACAUUUUUCGAUAAUUAUCACUUUUUAUUUUGGCCCCCAGACUGGGUCUUUAAAUGAGAAAUUUUACAUUGUACGAUGUUGCCGAUUGAUAAAAAAAAAAAAUGGUUGAUUUGAACAUAAUUUGGUCAUAUGUACAUAGAUUAGUGAAACAUGUUCACAUUCUAUUUGUGUUGAAUUGCAUAGUUAGGUUUUGGUCCUCAAUCUUUUUGGGAACACAGGAGACUGUGACCAUGGGUUCACCUGUCUAUCAGUCCCUCACACAUUUUGGACAUUAACCAUGGUUUUAAUCGAGCUAGAAUGUUCACUCUUACUAGAUGAAUGUUUUAACUGAGUUUUUUGAUAAGCAUUUUCUGCUUAGUGUAAACAGAGAUAUAAAAUUUGAUUUGUCAAUGUUUUGGCACAGAUAAUUUAUAACCGCCUUUGUUAAAUGACGAAACUUGAUGUCAAAGUUGUAUAAAGGAAUUUAUGAUACAGUACCAUAAAUAACCAGCGGUUGCCAAGCAAGAUACAACCACAUUUUGCAAGAGAGUUCGCAACCUUCGUAUUCAUACUUUUACACGUAUAUACGGCCAUUUUGUUGGGCAGUUUCAUUUCGAUUUUCCCGAAAUUCGAAUUCAACCUUCAUUUUGGUCACAUUUUGGUUGAAUGUUGAUAUAUUUAAACAGUUUUUAAAAUUAGAUAACAAUUGUGACCUCUACAAUCUGGGGCCCUAAUCCAGGAAGUUACAGUCUGAUAUGCGCAAAUAUUGAAAGGAACCGAGACCUUUGGGUAUACAUACAUUUCAAGUUUCAUCAAAAUCGGAUAAAAAUUGUGACUUCUAGAGGGACACACACAACCUUUGUAUUACAUACUUUUACACUAUUUUGUGCGGCAGUUUCGGUCCAAUUUUUACAAAAUUCGAACUUAAUCAACAUUAUGGUGCAACGGUGUAUAUUCAAACGGUUCUUUAAAUUAGAUAAAAAUUGUGACCACAGUGGGACCACAAGCUAUAAACGUGAUUUUUCGUACAAUCAGGGGCGAUAAUUCAGGAAGUUACGAUCCAACGAACCAAGGUCUUUGGGUUAUGAAUAUGGAGGGAGGUUGGAUGGCCGAAUGCUCAGCACGUGCGCGCUGUAUCAUAAGGUCUGUCAUUGAGUCAACCGGCGGGAUUUCGAUUCCCAGGUUGUACGUGACAAGAAAUAAGGUCGCUUGUCCAACCUCUUGGGUUUUCUCUGGGUCGUCCAGUUUCCUCCCACUGCCAAAGGCUCCAACGUGUAAGCGAAUUAUCGAAAUAAAAUUGAACCAUGUGUUAGUCCCGAAAUGACCUAGUUUGUGUCAAGUGGCUGUUAAACCCAAUUUCUCUCUCUUUUAUAAACAUGCAUUUCAAGUUUCAUCAAAAUCGGAUGACAAUUGUGACCUAUAUUCAGGACAUUGCUAUCCGAUAAGUGCGAAUAUUGAAAAGAAUCAAAAUUAUGACCUCUAGAGAUGGUCCACAACCUUGAUAUACCAUAUUUUUACACUAUUUGCGUACAAGGCCGGACAUUUUGUCUGGCAGUUUUGGCCGAUUUUCACAAAUUCGAAUUGAACCGACAUUACAGUUUUUUAAACCGAUAAUAAUUGUGACAUCUAGGGACCACAAGCUAAAAAUGCAAUUUUUCAUACAAUUUAGGAAGUUACGAUCCGAUAUGCGCAAAUAUCAAAAGGACAAGAUCUUUGGGUUUUAAACAUGCAUGUCAAGUGUAAUACCAUGGGUUGUCUGUCAGAUACAGAAAGCAGCCAUACCCUCAAAACCGUGUUCUCAAAAAUGUGUUCUUUUGCACAAAUCCUGCCAUCCAUCUUACUACAAAUCAGAUGAAAAUUGUGACCUGUAGAGGUUCCACAAACAAAUUGUGGACGGACAGAUGUCCGUAUGGACAGGGGUGACGGCAUAAUACAUCCACAUGAAAAUGUGGGCGUAUAAAAACAUAAAAUAUGAAUUUAAUUUGCCACGUUUCUGUGUUAUCAAAAGUGAUACUUGAAGUUGGAAGCCCUGGUGUAUAUCUUGACUAAUGAGUAAUGGGCAAUUUGAUUGCUGGAUGCUUUGUAAAAAAAUUAAAUUUGAAGUACUGUACUUAAUGAGUUUCACUUUUGGCUUGUUUAAAAUUUCAUGAUAUUUUUAAGGCAGGUGUGAUAUUCAUGUAUUUGUAGGUUUUACUAGUCUAGAAAAAACAAUAUUUCACAUAAUGGGUUUUUUUUGUGUAUGUGGGGAUGGGGGGAAGGAGAAGGGGGCAUCAUGCCCUUUUGUUAUUGAAUUGUUAUUAAAUUUGUAUUCUUAUAUAUGUCUUUCACUUUUGUUGAUCAUUUGAUAUAUGUGUAAAAUAUUUGGAUAUGAUAUGAAAAUAUUUUAAACUGUAUAAAAUUCACAAUUGAUAUUUUUACUCAAGAAUAAUUAAAUGUUCAUUAACUAGUAAUUUAAGGAGCAUAAAUGUAUUAUUUGUUAUAGGUGGAUUGUUUUGUCUAAAUUUGCUUUGUUAAUAUUUUUAUAAGUUUAUUUUGUAUUUGUAAAAUUCAUAUUAUUUGUUAAAAGAUAUCUUAACCCUGCCAUAACUAUAUCAGUUGUCUCUAUUGGCAUUGUAGAGAUAAAGGUUUAGAGAAAGUCCAGUCAACAAACCAGGGGUGGGGGGGGGGGGGGGUACCUGUAGGAUUUAAACUGCUUUUCAGGCUUGUGACUCUACAGUUGAUAGUACUUUUGUAUGUAUAUACUGUUUCAAGCAGUUUAUUUUAUUAUGUUUUAUAAUUUUAAGUUUUUAUGUCUCCGUACUUAAGCAAACAGUAGAAUAUUAUUGUACCAUCUUGUAAAUUUCUAUGGUAAAAAUGCAAGAUUAGAUAACAUAUUUUAUUUCAAAUUUUUAGCUAGAAAUGUUAAAUCUCAAGAAGAAAUAAUUCAUUAUAUAAAUAAGGGAAAAAGAUGUGUGUUAAAUUUCUAGUAAAAAUAAUAAAUUUAGUUUAAAUUUCUAAUCAAUUCUUAAAAUUGUGCCCCUGAUAUCUACUUCAUGUGCUUUUUUCUGAAGAGUUAGACGAAUUAAGAAAAAAUGUAUUAAAUAUGAUUCUAAUCUAUUGUAUAUAGAAUAAUAUAAGUUAAUAGGCUAGUACCGAUAAAACGAUAUGCUAUAUGUAAAUUAACAAUGUCUUUAACAGGCAGUGCUGAAUAGUUACACACAGCAAAACAGGUAUUUUUAAAACAUUUGCAAAGGCGCUGUGCAUUUGGAAUUUGGCCGUGUUAGAUAGGAACGAUCAAACAUAUAUAACGUUGAACUAUUAAAGAUACAUUAUGUAAGAUUUAGAUAAAGACCUGAUCAUUACUUGCUAUAAUAGCUAAAAAAAUUUCAUUCGAUUUACUUCAUUCUGAGCCAAGUUAUCACUGUUUGUAGUUUUGACUGUAAUUUUGACAAGAUGUGUGCAUUGUGUUAACCAGGGCGCUGGUAUAUUUGAGACUUAGCCUCGCUUUCCAAUUUUUCUUAAAUGCCGAACUGUUCUAAUCGUGUUAAAAUCUCGAGUAUCGAGAGUUGAUUAUGGUCUUGUUUUGUUAAUAAAUGUCUAAUUAAUAGUUUAUAUAAUAUACUGAGCGCCAUGGAAAACGCAUCACUUAGUUUUUCGUAUAACAAAAUGAUCCUGUAAACAUAUCUUAUUUAUUUUGGUUCUUAUUGUGAACAAUAUUCAAAUGGGAACACAUCAAUAACAACACAUUUGUACACUUAUGGAUGUUUAAUCUGUAAUCAAGGGUACAAAGUCAGAGGGGUCAAAACCAAAGGUACGACACAGAUGUCAGUAGCUCGUGUGUCCUCCACAGGCCAUCAUCACGGUAGGCUACAGCAUUAAUGCGACCCCUGCAAAUCUGUAGGGCGGUCCGGUGAUGAAAUAUGAAGCCUCCCCACACCAUUACACUUCCCCCACCCCAUCGAUUCGUUUCGAAGACGCAACAGUCUGCAAGACGUUCCCCAAGACGUCUCCACACACGUUAACGGCCAUCGGCGUGAUAAAGAUGAAAGCGACUCUCAUCACUGAAGAGCACACUUUGCCAGUCUACUCUUCUCCAUGUCUGGUGUCCUUGAGACCAUAUCAAACGCCGCUGACGCUGAUGAUCCCUGAGGAUAGCUCUAACAUAAGGUCGUCGUUCACAGAGUCCUACUUCUCUUAGACGAUGUCUUACGGUGAUGGCACUUACUGGUCCUUGUCUUCCGACGACUGCUGCACCUGUUCGAGUCGCUGGGCGGAAUCUGUCACGCAGAUGAGUGACCCGGAUGUAGCGGUCUUGAGCCUGGGUUGUAACGCGUUGUGGACCAGGACGUUGACGGUCACGUGUUGAUCCAGUAACUCGAACACAUUCCACCAACCUUACAAUAGUGGACUGAUGACAAUUGAAGUGCUGGCAAUAGCACGUGUAGACAUGCCAGCCCUGGACAUUCCCAUGGCUUCAUUCCGUUGAUUAUCAGUAAGUCUCGGCAUCUCUAGCUCGAUUCCUUCAUACGUUCAACAACAAAUUACGACAGAUUGACGUUUCACAGUUCAUGUACUGCACAUUAAGUUGAAAACAUGCUUUUAAAGGGUUCACACACAAUGCUGCACGUGAAUAUUGGGUUUUUCAUGUACACCUCGUGCAAUUUUUUUUUGUGCACACGGGCCGAUAUUUUUUGUGUUUGGGAGCAUUGUGUGAAACAAUAGUUCAUAGUAUUGCAUAAUAUUAUACAUACAAAACCACCUAGUAAUAAAAUAUUUGGGGAAAAAAAGUGAUGUGUUUUCCAUGGCACUCAGUAUAUUUCAGGCCUAAAGAAAGACCUGCUAAAGGCAGAUUUAGCUCUUGCAUAAUGUAUGUUUAAAACCUUAACGAAUGUAUAUUUCUCAUAAACCUCUGAUCAGAAAUUAUUGUUGAUGUAUGGAUUACAACAAAGAGAUCAUUUCCUGUUUAUACCUACCUUUUAAAAGAAUUGCAUAUAAGAUGCAUGUAUUGAUUAGUUUUAUGUGUGUAAUAUGUACCAUAUUAAAAGAAUUACAUGUGUAUUUAA